ACCUAGCUGCGGGCGCGCGCACUACUGCGGCGCGCUCUUCCGCGUUAAGCUCCAACUUUCUAUCAAGGUGGUGGCCACUUUUUUCCCACCCGAAAUCCGUGAAAGCAUCCGUUGUUCAGGUGUCCAGGGCGGCGGUAGAGUACAGGAAACAAGGCAACGGAGCAGUGCUGCCCGGUCCCCCUCCACUCCAUUAAAGCUGGACAGGCGCGCAGCAGAGGAGGCGAAAUCCACUUAAACCAUGGAGCAAAACUGCGCACAUUUUAAAGGAAUGAGAAAUGGAUCAGCUGCCUAAAGGAGAACAGAUGAGAGCAGGGUUUCAAAGAGGGACGUUGAAAAGUAUUCAACGUCCCUCUCUGAAACUCGGCCGUUCUGCUCUCCUCAGAAGGUGCCACCUCGCCCUGUCCAAGACCAACACCCUUGGGUCUGACACUGCCAGAGCUGGCCCGUCUGAGGACUCCGGGAAUGGGGUUGCUGUUCAGGCUGAGAGCGAUGCGGCCUUCCCGCUGUCUGAGCUCUCAGACUUGUUCGAAAGUGAGGAUGGCUCCCAGUCAGUUAACGACACAAGCCAGAGCUCAGCCCUGGAGCUGGUCCAGCCCGGCCAGCCUCCGGACGGCAGGCAGAACCUGCGAAUGAAGUUUCAGGGUGCUUUUAAGAAAGGCAUUUCCAAUCCAAUGGACCUACUGGAAUCCACCAUAUAUGAGUCAAAUGUGGUUCAGGGCCCUAAGAAGGCUCCCAUGGAUUCACUGUUUGACUAUGGGACCUAUGGAAGGGAGAGCAACCAGAAGAGGCGCAGGAAAAAACUCCCAAGAGGUAAAACAGAGAUAUCUGUUGAUGAUGAUCAAAGCUCAGACCCACCAAAAGUAAUGAAAAUAUUCAACCGUUCUCUGCUGUUCGACUCCGUGUCGCGUGGGGACCCUGAGACCCUGGAGGGCCUGUUGGAGUACCUUCAAAGUCAAGAGAAGAGGUUAACAGAUGAGGAGUUUAAAGAACCAUCUACUGGAAAGACAUGUCUGCCUAAAGCCCUGAUGAACCUUUAUGGUGGUCGAAACAACACCAUCCCACUUCUGGUUGACAUCGCAGAGAAGACUGGAAACCUCAGAGAGUUUAUAAAUACGCCUUUCAGGGAUGUCUACUACAGAGGCCAGACGGCGCUCCACAUUGCCAUCGAACGACGCCGUAAACAGUACGUGGAGCUCCUGGUGGAGCAGGGAGCAGAUGUUCACGCUCAGGCCAGGGGACGUUUCUUCCAGCCCAAAGACGAGGGGGGCUACUUCUACUUUGGUGAGCUGCCCCUCUCCCUGGCUGCCUGCACCAACCAGCCGGACAUUGUGCACUACCUGACCGAGAAUACACACAAGAAGGCCGACCUGCGACGCCAGGACUCCCGCGGAAACACGGUGCUGCACGCCCUGGUGCACAUCGCAGACAACACCAAGGACAACACGCGUUUCCUCACAAAGAUGUACGACCUCCUGCUAAUUAAGUGUGCCAAGCUCUACCCAGACUGCAGCCUGGAAAAAAUACUCAACAACGACGGCAUGUCGCCCCUCAUGAUGGCGGCCAAACUUGGCAAAAUAGGGGUUUUCCAGCACAUAAUUCGACGUGAAGUCAAAGAUGAAGAAGUCCGUCAUCUGUCACGCAAGUUUAAAGACUGGGCCUAUGGUCCGGUGUACUCAUCGCUCUAUGACCUGUCUUCAUUGGACACAUGUGGAGAAGAACCAUCAGUGCUAGAAAUCCUCGUCUACAGCAGCCGCAGUGAGAACCGUCAUGAGAUGCUGGCUGUGGAGCCCAUCAAUGAGCUGCUGAGGGCCAAAUGGCAGAAGUUUGCUGCUGUCACUUUUUACAUCAGCGUGGUUUCCUACCUCAUCACCAUGAUCAUCUUCACCUUAGUGGCUUAUUACCACCCAACGCUGGAAACGCCCCCAUACCCCUACAUCACGUCCUCGGACUAUUUAAGAAUGGCAGGGGAGAUCAUAACACUGGCAUCUGGGAUUUUUUUCUUCCUCACAAAUAUUAAGGACCUCUUUUUGAAAAAGUGCCCUGGGGUGAAAUCUUUAUUUAUCGAUGGAUCCUUCCAGCUGCUGUACUUCAUCUACUCUCUUCUGAUUAUCGUCACGGCUGCUCUUUACCUGUCUGGCAUUAAGGCCUAUGUUACUGUGAUGGUGUUUGCACUUGUCCUGGGCUGGAUGAACACGCUUUAUUUCACCAGGGGCCUAAAGCUAACUGGCACCUACAGCAUCAUGAUACAGAAGAUUCUUUUCAAAGACCUUUUCAGAUUCCUACUGGUGUAUGUGCUCUUCAUGAUUGGAUAUGCAUCAGCCUUAGUGUCUCUUCUGCCAGUGUGUCCCCCACCAGACAAGUGUGGCGGGGAUUGUCCCACAUACCCCGACUGCAGGGGCCCAGACACUUUUAGUAUUUUCCUACUGGACCUAUUCCGACUGACCAUCGGGAUGGGAGACUUGGUCCACAGUGCACAGUAUCCUGCAGUGUUUCUCAUCCUCUUAGUCACGUAUAUCAUUCUCACCUUUGUCCUUCUGCUUAACAUGUUGAUCGCUUUGAUGGGAGAGACAGUGGGGCAAGUUUCAAAGGAAAGCAAGAAAAUCUGGAAGCUUCAGUGGGCAACAACCAUCUUAGACAUUGAGCGCUCAUUCCCAGUCUGCCUCCGUAAGUCUUUUCGAGUGGGAGAGAUGGUGACUGUGGGGACGAACUGGGAUGAUACGCCAGAUCGACGCUGGUGUUUCAGAGUGGACGAGGUCAACUGGAGUCACUGGAAUCAGAACCUGGCAAUCAUAAAUGAGGAUCCGGGAAAGAAUGAGACGGCACAAAGCAACAGCCUGCAGCAGAGCGUCAGAGCCCUGAGGAGGGAUCGAUGGUCCACUGUAGUCCCACGGGUGGUGGAGUUAAGCAGGACUCCUGUACCUCGUGAUCUGGCGGUAGAGAUGGAACCGCUGACGUCUAAACACUGACGGUUGAGCAGGAAUCCAGGAUAAGGCCAUCAUCAUUAUCAUUGAGACUCCUCCUCAGGGAACCAUUAGACCAAUAAGUGUGCUAAUUUGCAUAUGGCUCAUGUUCUUUUUGUACACAAGGCAUAUAAUUGUUUUUACAUAAUUUUCUCGGAAAAUUCUAAUAAGUACAAUUACCAGCAAGCCUUGAGAUGCACAAAAAGAAAGUUUCAUUACUACAGAUUAUUACUUUGUUUUGUACCAUAUAGAUAGAAAAAGUAUAAACAGCAGGUUCUUUACCUCUGAUAUGUCAGACACUAGUGACCAAUUACUCAGGGUUUAUGAGUUGGAAUAUUUUAGCAUGAUCUACCAUUAUUACAGAAAAAAGAAUAGUGACCUUUCUAAUAAGCAGCAUAAAUAUAUUUUCUAUAUUGCAUUAGCUUGCCAAGCAACAGCUUUGAUAGAAGUCUGAAGGUGUAAUUACAUUGGGAGAUAUUAAUAUUUCAAGAAAAUCCUAUAGUAAAUAUUCAUAGACUUAAAGAAUAUAUAGCAGCUUUGCUUACUUUUAAUUAGAUGAGCUGCAUGCUUAUUUAAAUGUUUAUUUUUUAGGUGGAAAGAGAGUAUGUCUAUUUUAUGCAGCAUAGUCACUUAUUGCAUUAAUUGAAUAAGAUGAAGGGCUCAGGCUUGGACCGUGUACUGUGCCAAUUUAUAAUGUAUGCAUUAUUAUAUGAAUACAAAGACAUUAUGGUGAACAAUUUGGGUAUGAUGAGCAGGUUAUAGUUGUCAAGCAAAUAUGCAAAUGCACAACAAUAGCCUUCUGUGUUAUGGCUUGUCUUUGAAUUUGCAGAGUUAUUGUUCCUUUGCAGCUGGGGUAUUUGCAUAAUCAAGUCUCUGUCCUUGCUAUUAUAUACUUCCCCCGAUUUUCUGCAGUGUUUUAGACACAAUUGGCUCUUUACCCAGCGCAGCAUCUUUUUAUGCGCAUUAAUUGCGUAUGGGCAUUUGUGUACGAGUUAUUGUGCAACGUGACAAAUGGUUCUUUUCACAACUUCUCCACUGCUGAAGGUCGCAGGUCGUUGUUUUGCAUGUUUACAUUUCUUAAACGCGUUUUUACAUUUUGAUAUUGUUUGUACAUUGCUGCACAGAAAAGUAGAACUGGCCAUAUCUUAUAAACACAGUUGUCUUUUUUUCUAUUCCUGCAUAAAUAUAAAAUCUGUUCAUUUUUGUCUUUCAUUUUUUCCUUUGAAUUUUAGCUGUCAAACAUGCCAGAUCUAAAUAUUAAUUGACAGAGCUAAAUCUGGCACCAUUUAGAGAUAUUAUAUUUGUUGAAGAAACCUUUAAAUAUGUACACUUGUUUAAUUAGGUUAUGAAAGUAAAUACCUAAGAACUCACAUGCUCUCAGUAUUUU